UAGCACAGCUUACAUCGCGGUGAGGACUGUUCUGGGAGAGAAAAUGGCAUCAAAAACUUUCUCUGAGGAUGAUUUCUCCUGUCCUGUGUGCUAUGACAUUUUCAAAGACCCUGUUGUCAUGACAUGUAGUCACAGUGUGUGUAAAGAAUGUCUGCAGAAGUUCUGGGAGAGCAAAGGAUCAAGAGAAUGUCCCAUCUGCAGGAGGAAAUCAUCAAGAGUAAACCCACCGCCUAAUUUGAUCUUAAAGAACCUGUGUGAGACCUUCUCACAGGAGAGAAGUCAGAAAGCUUCAGCAGGGUCUUGGGAGAAAUGCAGUUUGCACAGUGAGAAACUCAAGCUCUUCUGUGAGGAGGACAAGCAGCCAGUGUGUGUGGUGUGUAGAGACUCAAAGAAACACAGGAGCCACACCUUCAGCCCCAUAGACGAGGCUGCUUCAGAGCACAAGGAGAAUCUCAACAUCAAACUGAAGCCCUUGAGAAAGAAACUGAAGACUUUUAAAAAAGUUAAACUACUGUGUGACCAAACAGCAGAACACAUUAAGGGACAAGCUGAGAAUACAGAGAGGCAGAUCAAGAAGGAGUUUGAGAAGCUUCACCAGUUUCUACGAGAUGAAGAGGCAGCCAGGAUAGCUGCACUGAGGGAGGAAGAGGAGCAGAAGAGUCAGAUGAUGAAGGAGAAGAUUGAGAAGAUGAGCAGAGUGAUCUCAUCUCUUUCAGACACAAUCAGAGCCAUACAGGAGAAGAUGAGAGCUGAUGAUGUCACAUUCUUGCAGAACUACAAGAGCAUAGUGAAAAGAGCCCAGUGCACACUGCAGGAUCCAGAGAAGGUUUCAGGAGCUCUGAUCAAUGUGGCAAAGCACCUGGGCAACCUGAAGUUCAGAGUCUGGGAGAGGUUGCAGGAGACUGUUCAGUAUGUUCCUGUGACUUUGGAUCCCAACACUGCACACCCAGAUCUCACACUGUCUGAGGAUCUGACCAGUGUGAGAUAUCGUGAUGCGAUGAUAAUGGAUAGUGAUGAGAGACAGCAGCUUCCUGAUAAUCCAGAGAGGUUUGAUAAUGAUUUAUUUGUUCUGGGAUCUGAGGCCUUUGACUCAGGGACUCACUGCUGGGAUGUGAAGUUGAAGGGGAAUCAAGAAUGGGCUGUGGGUGUGAUGACCGAGUCUUUCAAGAGGAAGGGUGCCUGUGAGUCCAGGCCUGGACAGUGGUAUAUGCGUUAUGAUGGUGAUGAAUACCAGGUGGUUUCUGAAUCAAAGUCUCCCAAACGGCUGAGAGUAAAGCGCAGACUCCAGAGGAUCAGAGUGCAGCUGGACUGGGAAGAAGGAGAGCUGUCAUUCUCUAACCCUGUUAACGAUACCCAUCUAUUCACGCUCACGCACACAUUCACUGAGAAAGUUUAUCCGUUCUUCUUUGAUACUAGAGGUAUAUUUGGCUGUGGUGGAAUUUCAAUUUUGCCAGUGAAGGUAAAAGUAAAGGUGAAACAGCACAGUUAGAGUUGAUACAACCUCUGUCUGAAUCAGGACUGAUGAGUGUGAGGAGACUCUGAGGGUUGAAAGUGCCACUGAGAUGAACAAAAUGAUGAUUUUAUGGGUAAAUAUAUAAGUCAAAUCAAAUCAGGCUCAUUGGCCAUGUAUACUUGCGUAUGCAAGGAAUUUAGUCUCUGCAUUUAUCCCAUCCAUGAAUUAGUGAACAGUGAACACACACAGUACACAGUGAACACACAGUGAGGUGAACACACUAACCCAGAGCAAUG